UGCACACAGAAAGCCUGCAAGAUGAAGUUAAUACUAAUUCAGGUUUUUUUCCUUCUUCUGGCACAGGCCACAGAAUGUAAACCGCGUCCAGGGAGAAAGACCUUCAACAAGCUCCUGGUCAUCUCCUUUGAUGGCUUCAGAUGGGAUUAUGACCAAGAUGUGGAAACCCCAAACAUGGAUAAGCUUGUGAAGGAGGGAGUGAAAGCCAAAUACAUCACUCCACCCAUGAUAACCAUGACUUCCCCAUCUCAUUUCACAACAAUCACUGGCAGAUGGAUUGAAGACCACGGUGUGGUCCACAAUAUGAAGUUUAACUCCACGUCAUAUCUCAAAUUAACCCACAAGGCGACUCAAAACCAGUCCGAUUGGUGGGACAACGGGGUCGAACCUCUUUGGAUCACAGCUCAGAAUCAGGGCCUAAAAACGGCUUCAUUCCACUAUCCAGGAGGGGGAGCAAAUUAUAGUGGACAGGCGGUGAAUCGGGCUUUGGUUGAGUCCUAUGCUCACCCGGAUAGCAAUGAAACAGAGUGGCAUGAAAACAUUGACAUUGUAAUGGGCUGGUUUAACCAGGAAGACUUUGACUUUGUAACACUGUACUAUGGGGAACCAGACGGUGUAGGGCAUUCCAAAGGACCAGAGACUAAAGAGAGAAGAGACAUGAUUAAGCAGAUUGAUCGUACCAUCGGAUACCUUAUGAAGUCCAUACAGCAACAUCAGUUGACCCAUCGCCUUAAUGUUAUAAUUACUUCUGACCAUGGAAUGACCACAAUCAAGAAGAAACCUCAAGUAGAAGAGAUACUGCUUUCAAAAUAUCUUAAGUUCUGGAAAGAUGUCCAUUUUGACCUGCUUGACUAUGGUGGCUUUGGAAUGAUCACACCCAAAGAGGGGAAAGAGCAGGAGAUUUACAAUGCACUGGUAAACGCCCAUCCCAACUUAACAGUGUACCAAAAAGAAAAUCUUCCUGAGGACUUUCAUCUGGCCAAAAACAGCAGAAUCCUGCCCAUUGUUGUUGUUGGGGAUUUGGGAUUCAACCUGAAUUCAAGAGUCAUCUUCUACGUUAAUAAAGGAGACCAUGGAUUUCACAAUGGGGAGAUGGACAUGAAGACCAUCUUCCGUGCUUUUGGUCCUGAUUUCAAAAAGAAUUACUUGGCUGAGCCCUUUGACAGCGUCAACAUCUACCCACUGAUGUGCAAACUCCUGGGUGUCACACCUGCCCCCAACAAUGGCUCUCUAACCUUUACAGAGGGAAUGCUAUUGGGAGGAAGCGGCAAUAGGAAGAUGUCAUUUCUCCUUCUGACGACAACAAUAUUUUCCAUUUUUCUUCUAUUAUAGGUAUUAUUGAGAAAAGUACAAUAAUCUGGCUUCUGUCACAAACUAAUUACAAAAUUUUUACUGUUGCUCCUACACCUACUGUCAGGAUUGGUCCCUGCCUAGUCCUGUCCUGUCUGUUGUUUCCCAAUUUGGCCAGCAGGUGUCACUGGCCAUCCCUUUCUUUCCUCAGUGUUUCCUAGGUGUAGCACCUUUCUCUGUCCCUAUUGUUUUCCCUCAUUCCCUGGGCUGACACAUGACAGAAUGGCUUGCUAACCAUGCAUCCGAUAUGUGAGUUCUUGGAAGAUUUUUGAGCUUUUGUAUAUCCCGUGUUAAUUUUGUUCUUGUGUUAAUGUAUUGAAGUAUCUCAGGGUCUUGUUAACGAGUGAGGGAAGGAUGGAGCGGGAGAUUGACAGGCGGAUCGGUGCAGCGUCCGCAGUGAUGCAGGCGCUGCAUCGGUCUGUCAUGGUGAAGAAGGAG